GAAAGGCGGGUCACGCGAAGACUGACGGAGUCUUCAGCCAACAGGAUUGCCUUUUAACUAGCGUCUCUACAGCGUGCGUGGGGAGACCUUCGUGAACCCUGACCUCAGCUUUCCGUGGCGUCCCGCGUUCGCCGCCCCCGCCCCUGGAGCGAAGGAGGCGGGUUUUGGCCUCUUGCCCUAGGGAGCGAGUGCGGAGAGAGUGGGAGCGAGACGGAUCCGAGUAGAGGCGUCUAGCUCCCCGGAGAGGCCCUGCUGUAUUCCUCGCUGCCCAUGAGCUCGUUCUCCUGCGAGCAGCGCCGUCGUUAGGCCGGCCCCGAAGCCUCUGCUUCCUCCGGGACAGGCCCGCUCCUCGCCGAGGAGGAGGCAGCCUGUCGAGGCGCCUCCCUAGUCCGCGUCGGCGUCGCGCUGCGACCCUGGAAGCGGGAGCCGCCGCAAGCGAGAGGAGGAGCCCCAGCUACAGCGGCGCCGGCAGCGGGCAGCAGCACCAGCAACGCCAGCGGGCGGGAUCGAGGCCGUCAACAUGGCGAGCGCCUCGUACCACAUUUCCAAUUUGCUGGAAAAAAUGACAUCCAGCGACAAGGACUUCAGGUUUAUGGCUACAAAUGAUUUGAUGACAGAACUGCAGAAAGAUUCCAUCAAGUUGGAUGAUGAUAGUGAAAGGAAAGUAGUGAAAAUGAUUUUGAAGUUACUGGAAGAUAAAAAUGGAGAGGUACAGAAUUUAGCUGUCAAAUGUCUUGGCCCCUUAGUGAGUAAAGUGAAAGAAUACCAAGUAGAGACAAUUGUAGAUACCCUCUGCACUAACAUGCUUUCUGAUAAAGAACAACUUCGAGAUAUUUCAAGUAUUGGCCUUAAAACAGUAAUUGGAGAACUUCCUCCAGCUUCCAGUGGCUCUGCAUUAGCUGCUAAUGUAUGUAAAAAGAUUACUGGACGUCUUACCAGUGCAAUAGCAAAGCAGGAAGAUGUGUCUGUUCAGCUAGAAGCUUUGGAUAUUAUGGCUGAUAUGUUGAGCAGGCAAGGAGGACUUCUUGUUAAUUUCCAUCCUUCAAUUCUGACCUGUCUGCUCCCCCAGUUGACCAGCCCUAGACUUGCAGUGAGGAAAAGAACCAUUAUUGCUCUUGGCCAUCUGGUUAUGAGCUGUGGAAAUAUAGUUUUUGUAGAUCUUAUUGAACAUCUUUUGUCAGAAUUGUCCAAAAAUGAUUCCAUGUCAACAACAAGGACCUACAUACAAUGUAUUGCUGCAAUUAGUAGGCAAGCUGGUCAUAGAAUAGGUGAAUACCUUGAGAAGAUAAUUCCUUUGGUGGUAAAAUUUUGUAAUGUAGAUGACGAUGAACUAAGAGAGUAUUGCAUUCAAGCCUUUGAGUCAUUUGUGAGAAGAUGUCCUAAGGAAGUAUAUCCUCAUGUUUCUACCAUUAUAAAUAUUUGUCUUAAAUAUCUUACCUAUGAUCCAAAUUAUAAUUAUGAUGAUGAAGAUGAAGAUGAAAAUGCCAUGGAUGCAGACGGUGGUGAUGAUGACGACCAAGGGAGUGACGACGAAUACAGCGAUGAUGACGACAUGAGCUGGAAAGUGAGACGUGCGGCUGCUAAGUGCUUGGAUGCUGUAGUUAGCACAAGGCAUGAAAUGCUUCCAGAAUUCUACAAGACUGUCUCUCCUGCACUGAUAUCGAGAUUUAAAGAGCGUGAAGAGAAUGUAAAGGCAGACGUUUUUCAUGCAUACCUUUCUCUUUUGAAGCAAACUCGUCCUGUACAAAGUUGGCUGUGUGACCCUGAUGCUAUGGAGCAGGGAGAAACACCUCUGACAAUGCUUCAGAGUCAGGUUCCCAACAUUGUUAAAGCUCUGCACAAACAGAUGAAAGAAAAAAGUGUCAAGACCCGGCAGUGUUGUUUUAACAUGUUAACUGAACUGGUAAAUGUACUACCUGGAGCCCUAACGCAACACAUUCCUGUACUUGUACCAGGAAUCAUUUUCUCACUGAAUGAUAAAUCAAGUUCAUCAAAUUUGAAGAUUGAUGCUCUGUCGUGUCUGUAUGUAAUCCUCUGUAACCACUCUCCUCAAGUCUUCCAUCCUCACGUUCAGGCUUUGGUCCCUCCAGUGGUGGCUUGUGUCGGAGACCCAUUUUACAAGAUUACAUCUGAAGCACUUCUUGUUACCCAACAGCUUGUCAAAGUAAUUCGUCCUUUAGAUCAGCCUUCCUCGUUUGAUGCAACUCCUUAUAUCAAAGAUCUAUUUACCUGCACCAUUAAGAGGUUAAAAGCAGCCGACAUUGAUCAGGAAGUCAAGGAAAGGGCUAUUUCUUGUAUGGGGCAAAUUAUUUGCAACCUUGGAGACAAUUUGGGUUCUGAUUUGCCUAAUACGCUUCAGAUUUUCUUGGAGAGACUAAAGAAUGAAAUUACCCGGUUAACCACAGUGAAGGCGUUGACACUGAUUGCUGGGUCGCCUUUGAAGAUAGAUUUGAGGCCUGUCCUGGGAGAAGGGGUUCCUAUCCUUGCUUCAUUUCUCAGGAAAAACCAGAGAGCUUUGAAACUGGGUACCCUUUCUGCUCUAGAUAUUCUAAUUAAAAACUAUAGUGACAGCUUGACAGCUGCCAUGAUAGAUGCAGUUCUAGAUGAGCUCCCACCUCUUAUCAGCGAAAGCGAUAUGCAUGUUUCACAGAUGGCUAUCAGUUUUCUUACCACACUGGCGAAAGUGUAUCCCUCCUCCCUUUCAAAAAUAAGUGGAUCCAUUCUCAAUGAACUUAUUGGACUUGUGAGAUCACCUUUAUUGCAGGGGGGAGCUCUUAGCGCCAUGCUAGACUUUUUCCAAGCUCUGGUUGUCACUGGAACAAAUAAUCUAGGCUACAUGGAUUUGUUGCGCAUGCUGACUGGUCCAGUUUAUUCUCAGAGCACAGCUCUUACUCACAAGCAGUCUUACUAUUCUAUCGCCAAAUGUGUAGCUGCCCUUACUCGAGCAUGCCCUAAAGAAGGACCAGCCGUAGUAGGUCAAUUUAUUCAAGAUGUUAAGAACUCAAGGUCUACAGAUUCCAUUCGUCUCUUAGCUCUGCUUUCUCUUGGAGAAGUUGGGCAUCAUAUUGACUUAAGUGGGCAGCUGGAACUAAAAUCUGUAAUAUUAGAAGCCUUUUCAUCUCCUAGUGAAGAAGUUAAAUCAGCAGCCUCCUAUGCACUAGGCAGCAUUAGCGUGGGCAACCUUCCUGAGUAUCUGCCAUUUGUCUUACAAGAAAUAACCAGUCAACCCAAAAGGCAGUAUCUUCUGCUUCAUUCCUUGAAGGAAAUUAUUAGCUCUGCAUCAGUGGUGGGCCUUAAACCAUAUGUUGAAAAUAUCUGGGCCUUAUUGCUAAAGCACUGUGAGUGUGCAGAAGAAGGAACCAGAAAUGUUGUUGCUGAAUGUCUAGGGAAACUCACUCUAAUUGAUCCAGAAACUCUCCUUCCACGGCUUAAGGGGUAUUUGAUAUCAGGCUCAUCGUAUGCCCGAAGCUCUGUGGUUACAGCUGUGAAGUUUACUAUUUCUGAUCAUCCGCAACCUAUUGAUCCAUUGUUAAAGAACUGCAUAGGUGAUUUCCUAAAAACAUUGGAAGACCCAGAUUUGAAUGUAAGAAGAGUAGCCUUGGUCACAUUCAAUUCAGCAGCACAUAAUAAACCGUCAUUAAUAAGGGAUCUUCUAGAUACUGUUCUGCCACAUCUUUAUAAUGAAACAAAAGUUAGAAAGGAGCUUAUAAGAGAGGUAGAAAUGGGUCCAUUUAAGCAUACAGUUGAUGAUGGACUGGAUAUUAGAAAGGCAGCUUUUGAGUGUAUGUACACACUUUUAGACAGUUGUCUUGAUAGACUAGAUAUCUUUGAAUUUCUAAAUCAUGUUGAAGAUGGUUUGAAGGACCAUUAUGAUAUUAAGAUGCUCACAUUUUUAAUGUUGGUGAGACUUUCCACCCUUUGUCCAAGUGCAGUGCUGCAGAGGUUGGACCGACUUGUUGAGCCAUUACGUGCCACAUGUACAACUAAGGUGAAAGCAAAUUCAGUAAAGCAGGAGUUUGAAAAGCAAGAUGAACUAAAGCGAUCUGCCAUGAGAGCAGUAGCAGCAUUGCUAACCAUUCCAGAAGCAGAGAAGAGUCCACUGAUGAGUGAAUUCCAGUCACAGAUCAGUUCUAACCCUGAGCUGGCGGCCAUCUUUGAAAGUAUCCAAAAAGAUUCAUCGUCUACUAACUUGGAAUCAAUGGACACUAGUUAGAUGUUUGUUCAACACGGGGACCAUUACUUUGACCAUAUGAUGCACUGAAUUGACAGGUUAAACAUAAGACAUGGAAAGAGAAGUAUUUAAGGCUUCAAAAUGUUCCAUUUUUUUCCCUCUUCUCAUGGAGACAGUUUGGCUUUCUUCCAUUGUUGUUUUUGUAGCAUUUAUUUCAGAAACAUGUAUUUCCACAAUCUCCAGAGGUUGUAAAGCCACUAAUGUUUUAGUGGUUAGGGCAACAUUUAAAAAAUGGAAAUUAAAAUUUAGGAUUUAUGGAGAUAGGGUCCAGUAUCUAUUUGCCCUGUAAUGUUUAGGAUUAAAAUGUUGAAAUUUUGUGACCAUGAAUUUCUUUCUUUUAUAAUUUUUCUUUAAAAAAAAAUCAAAAUUUUACAAGACGAAAACCAUGUUUUUCUCGUAUAACUUUUUGUUUCAGCAACAUAAAUCGAUUUUUAGCUGGCAGACAAGAAUAUCUAUGUAAGAUUUGUUACGUUUCAGAGGGUUUGGCAGUUUAAAAAAAGAUAAGGUAUCAUUUUUUUUUAAGUAUGGGGAUUAACAGUAUCCCUAUUGUGCACACUAAUUUUGCAUGAGCAAGUUUACAAAUAUGUAUUGUCUGUAAAGCAGCAUGUGCAGAUUAUUCAUAAUAACAAAAGUUAAAAUAGUAUUAUUGUAUUAGUGCAAUUUUCAGAUAUUUAUUUUUGCACAGAAAACAUAUCUGGAGAAAGAGAGAGAGAGGAGUAAAUCUUUGAAACUUUGGUUUUCUUAAUGCCAGUGUGAAUUUGCAGAUGUUUUCAGCAAAUCAAGUCACAAUAACAGUUUGCCACUUUUUCUAUUAUAAAUUUUCUUACACAUUUAAAAUUUGAAUAUUUAAGUACUCAGUUUUUCUCAGUUACCCAUUUGUGUGCGUGUGUUUCCAACUUAGAAAUUUUUAAAGCCAGAUGUUUCUUUCAUUCCCUUUGGAUCCCUACAUUCCUUAUUGAAGGAUACAAAUACUGUGUACGCUUUUGAAUUUUAUUUUUAGGAAAAUUCUGAAGCUGUCACAGGUUUGUUAGCUAAUAUAGUGUUUUCUUUUAGUUGAGUUAGAUUCCCCCCCCUCUUGUAGCGCUAAUUCACAUAUUGUAUUUGGUCCAAAGUGUUGACUACUUUUCCUGAUUAAGGGGUCUGUGCUGGGGGGAAGCAAAGCUUUGCAGUACCUUAUAUUGUAGUUAAAUUUUUAUUUAACAUAUCCUUCAGUGAGCUCAUUUCACACUGUAGCCUCUUCCUUCAAAUUUGUGGUGCUCCUGUAACAGUAAGAACUAACUUCUGAAAUAAAAGACAUCUCCUAAUGCUGUGCAAACAUAGUUUACAUGUAUUGAGGGAGGCAGUUGUUAAAUCGACCAAUUUAAGCAAUCAGAUAUUUGAAAACUGCACCCUUUAUUUUUGAAACUGUGAAUUAGAAAUAUUUUUCCUGCUGUAUAACUUCCUGCUUUAACAUCUGAAUAUGCAGUGAUUUUAAUUGAUAACAUACUGUGGUUAUUCGAUUAACAGCUUGAUUUCAAAUGUUCAGAUGAUAAUGCAUAAGACAUCAUUACCAGUAAGGAUUUUAGUACAUUAAUCUAGAACGUUACAUGAAGUUGGUGCCAUUUCAAAAUGUGGCAGGUGAUAAUCUUCUACCAUAAUUUGCAUAAAACUGUAAUAGAAAUUUAUUUCGAGAUGUUAGUAUAUUAUGUACUAUGCAUUACCGUGGUAUAGAUGUUGUGGAUAUAUUUAAGUAUUUGGUUACAUGGUUUCACAAUAAAUUACAAUACUGCAGGCUCUAGGACCAUAUAGGAGACUGACAUGCAUAUGUUGUGUGACUGUCUUAGUUAAUUGUCUAACGUUAAAUCCAAAUACUUCUCAUGUAUUGGAUUUUUUUUUUUUUAACUUCCAAGAUGCAUGGUUUUUUUGUCUUGGAAGACGGCUGAUUUUUCUAACAGCUGAAAUUCUAUCUUUUAAUACGAAAGUAGAUUACACUUUUUUCUAGUAGUAGAUCUGGUUUUAGUAGUUUUUAAAAUACAUAUAUUCACAUAUAUAUUUACGUACAUGACAAAAUUAGUUAACAGAGAAGAAUACUCCGAUUUUAAAUGUUGAGUCAUACUGAUUAACUUGGUACUUCUAGUGGCGAUGUACUAAUUCUGGAACGGAGGUUGCGAGGUGUGGGGUCUGGUCGUAGUCUGCCAUUCAUACUACUUACUGGUCUUUUACCUACUAUGGACAACCAUUAAGCAAAACCUCCUUAAUAUGUAGGUUUCUCUGGAGAGCUACAAGUUAAUAGAAAACAGCUGUUUGCCGAUUUUCUUGAGGACAUAUAAACUGUUUAGAUCUGACUUUAAAAAAAAGUUCAAUACAGGGUUGCAUUUUGAGGCUAUUUUAUGAAACCAAGGCAGAAAGGAAAUUUGGUAUGGCAAGGCCUAACCUAAAAAUUUUUAUAUAAAAUCAAUAGCACUGAAUGAUAAUCUUUAAUUUUGGAGAGUGUAAGCAGGGGAGAGGAGAUGAGAGAGAAUCGUAAGUAGGCUCCAUGCUCCACGCAGAACCCGGCAUGGGGCUUGAUCCCGUGACUCUGGGAUCACUACCUGAGCUGAAAUCAAGAGUCGGAUGCUUAACCAACUGAGCCACCCAGGCACCCCUGAAUGAUAAUUUUUGAAAAGGUAGUCAUGUCUUCAGUAGUGAUGGCUAAAACUUUCUGACCAUUGGGAAUUAGAAUGCUUAAAAGAUUGAAUAGUUACAAAAAAUUUUAUGUAACCAUAAUUACUCAAAUCAGUUUUUUGUUUUUUUGGGGUUUUUUUUUGUUGGUGAAAAUAGAUACGCUCGUAUGUUAUUUACCCAUUUCUAAGGGAUUUUUGUUUAUACCUCGUUCAGGCUCGGGGACAACAAACGAAUAUGAUUAUACAGUCAUGGUUGAAGUUCAAAAGAAUGAGAUAUUUAAAAUCCCUAGUCACUGAAACACUUCACUAGUUAAUAAGCCGUGAGCUUUAUUCAGCCACGUGACAAAGUAUAUAGCAAUACUUCACAAUUAAAAUGUUGAAGUAACAUUUUCUGCCCACAUUAAAUUUUACCAAAAAUUUAAAUUGUUAAAGUUAACUGCCAUUCUUUACAUAUAUUAUGCUUCGUAAAUAUUUUGAUAUUAAAGAGCUUAAAAAUCUCAGUAUGUUUUGGAUUCUAGCUCUAUCUUAAAUUGAAUCCUGUUUUUCAAAGCAAUGCCACCCCAGAUCCAUCUUUUUAAAAUCUUAUUUAAUCUGUAGAAUGGAAAAUGGAGUAACACUUCAUAUUACUGUUUGGGAAAAGGAUAUUCUGGUUUUAAAUGUGAUAAGUUUUCCUUUGAUACCUUUGGUUGUAAAUAUGGAACACUAUGGAAGUCUUUGGUGGCGAGCUCCCAAAGGGCUCACCAGAGGAGGCCAUUUUCUCAAGCAUACACAGUAAAAUUACUUCUUUUCCUAUUCCUAGAAAAGAUGUUGUGAACACCUAUGCUACACAUUAGGACGAGAUCUAUCAGCAACACGUUUCUGCUUAUAAAGUUCUAAUUGAAAUUGGGAUUUUUCAUUGGGCAUCAUAAAACCAACUUCAAUUAAAACUACUAGAGGGGAUAUUGCAGGUUUUACUUUAUUUAGACCCUGUGAUGUCAAUGUGUGUCAGGUUUCAGAAUAGAAUAAAAUUUUUACUAGAGGGAAUCUUAAUACCCUGACCUCCUCCUACCUUUUAAUUCUGAUCUUAAUUAUUCUUGAUGAUUUUGGCAAAUUGAAUUGUUUCACUUAGGUCUUAGAAAAAGCUUACAUUCUAUCAACUGAAAAUUUUCCAGAUUAGGUAGUACUGGAAUUAGUGUGUAUUUAGCCAUUAUCAGUAACUAAGGACAUUGAGUGAUACUGUUCUAGAAUGCUCUCUCUCUCUCACACACACACACACACACACGUAAAGAAUUGUACUCCAGAACUGGUUAAUGUAUGGCAUCAUAGUAACCUCAUGUUUUAAUAGCCUGGACUAAUAACCCUGUUAUUCUGAAAAGCUGUUUUACUUGUUUCACAGACAUUUCACUUUUAAUAGAAGCCCAACUACUUUCUUAGGUAAGGGCAGCUAAAUGUGUGUGAUGGUAGCUUACUAUAAUCCUAGUGUAGUAUUUUUAGAAGACACACAAAUGUGUGAUUCUGUUUGGAAUCAUUACCAUCUAUGAACUCCGUUUAGUUAGGCUUUCCUAAAAGGGCUGGAAAUAAACUCCUGGCUCUUUAUUCUAGAUCUAAAAUCCGUGCUUUCCUCCAAGGUUUAGAUUUCAAUGGAGAAAGACCUGUUCUUUUUUAGACCGGGGUUUCUUAUCCCUGGCACAAUGGACAUUCUGGACUAGAUAAUUCUGUAUCAUGAGGGCUGCCCUGUGCAGUAAGAUAUCCCCUUGCCUCUACCCACUUAGAUACCAGUAGUACCAUCACCAGCCCCAGAACUACCAAAAUUGUCCCCAGAUAUUGCCAAAUGUCCCUCCCCCGUGUAUGCAAAAUUGCCCCGAUUAAGAAACAUUGUUGCAGAGAUUUCUUUCUAGCAGCUAAACCCAACCGAGAACUGUACAUGUAGAAGCUUUCAGACCUUGUGUCAGUUCAUCUUCCUAAGUACUACUUCAGAUGAACCUAUUUUCUUCCUAAUCGUUAAGUUCAAGUCUCAUGAUUUAGUGAAAAUAGGUUUCUACUCUGUAUACUGUUCGCGCCUCUGAUUGAAAUGGGUGGUCUUAAAUCCCUUAGCACACACUUUUUCUCUGGCUGUAAAAUGCUUUCUGCACACCUAAUAGAAAUACGAACAUAAAGGGGCUGCUACUAUACAGGCGACGUGAAGCAGUUUGAACGCUUUGGGAUCAAUGCGCUGCUGUAUACAAAAGUUUAGGAACAGGAGCCAUGAGCAACUGGUAACGUUUUCCUUAAUUCUUACAAAAAGAAUAAGAUUUGUUCAUUUUCUCUUCAAGAGAGUAGUUGAUUAAUCCACCUUAUUGAACUAAUGAUUUCUUUCCCAGUACAGGUAAUUUCCUAUUUAGCUAGAAUAUGUGAAGACCUGCCGAAUAGUGCUGUUUUUUGUAAGUCCAAGGCAAUAUCUAUUUGAACUUUGAAAAGCUGACUAUAGCAGAUUUUUGCUAUUUUUCUGGCAUUAGUUGAUGUUUGGAGACAACAAAAUGCUUCCGUAUGAAUCUUGAUACCCACACAUGGGAUUUUAAAGACAGAUGGUGGUAGGCAAGUGGCAGAAAAACGACCUCAAGGUUGCCUAUUCUUUGAAACAAGACUACUGUGUGAGUCAUCUUUCAAGUACCACUUGGGAGAAUUGGCAUAAGCAAAAAUAAGAGUUUCUCUCCUUUUACAUGAUACUGAAAUAUUAAUGAGGUUAUUUGUUCACAGCGUAGGUCCAGAAUAACCUUGACAGAUCAGUCUUCAAAAUUGCCAUUUAAAAGAUUCAGAAAUUUGUUUCAGCAUCAGUUGUCUUCUAAGAUGCAGUCAAGGAUUAUCAGAGGACCAUGUGUUGCUCUCCAGAUAAGAGCCCUGACUGAUAAGUGUUCUGCAAUAGCCCCUACUCACAGAGUUCUACAUGUCAAGAUUUAUAUAAAAUAUACUACCAUGCUUCCCUUCCUGUAAAUGUAUCAGAGGCAAAGCUAAUGACCUCCCCUCCCCCACCCACCUUUCCUUGGUACCUCCUACUUUUUAGUACUAUGUGCUUGGUAGUGGAGACAGUACCUACAGGGAAAACACACUGCAUAAUUACUAUUAAAUAGUGUUGUAAUAGAGGAAAUACAAGGUUGUGCAUGGUUUGUACCACAGUGGUUCCUGGUCUGGGGUUCAGAACAAGCCUAAGCCAAGGAAGCUGUGUACUCCAAUGGGAACAGAACUGGCAAAAGUGUAGAGAGACAAGGGGUCAUGGCAUAUUCAGAAGCUGAGUAUGGCUGUACUUGGCAAUAUAAUAAUGAGAGGCUAAAAAGGGCAGAUUAUAUGGGGGCCUUGUAAACAGUUUGGAUUUAAUUUCAGGGAUGAAGACACACCAUAGAAAGACUUACAAACUAGGCAGUCAUGUGAUCAGAUUUGUAUUUUUUUUUUUUUUGAAAAAUUAGCUAGUUUAGAGAAUGGGUUAAAGGGAAGGUCAGACAUUUGUUGAUGAAUUAGGACAUUGCUGGUAUAAACAGGUGAGAAGGAAUGUUAACACUGAACGAAUAAUGAAUAUAGUUUGGAAUGGAAGUCAGGAUGUUUGAAAUAAAAUGGACAGAAGUAUAUACAAUAAUACUGCAAUAUGAACAGUCCCCCAAAUAGGGAGUUCAGGACAACCUGUUUAUUAUUCUACACGUCUACUGUAGGUAGCAUGGGGGGUCGCCUUCCCAUCUCACUAGGAUGCAGUAUGACCAGGCUAUCUGUCCAUUGCUCUGACGGAGGGAAAGUGAAUCACAUCUGUCUCCUAUUGCUUGUGCCCAACCAUGACAUAUCACUUAUCACAUUUUGAUGGGCAAGAAGUCAUGGCCAUAUGUAACAGCUGAACGUUCACUCACAAGGCAAUUGUGAUAGUAAGCUGAGUUGUGAUUUUUGUUUUUUAAGUAGAGGCAAGGGAUGUAGAAGAGUUGUCACUUUGCAUGCUCCACCACAACUCAAAAUUAGAUGUUCCUACCUAUAACAAGUUCUCUUCAAUCAACAUGCUGAGUUUCUCUGAAACUACUUCACUCAGUGCCGGUGUCUGACUCCUCUCCAUCUUUUCUCUUUAUCCUCUAUGAUUACCCUCACCCUUUCCAGAAUAAAUUUUACGUUUUCAACACUGGCACCCAGGGCCAUGGGAAAUGGAUCACCUACCUCAAGUCCCCUUCAUCCCUCCCCAUUUCAAGUGUAUUCAAACAAAAGUACCAGCAAUGUUGGUUAUUUUCUAACAUACAUAUGUAGAUAACCAACCCUAUGAUCUCUCCUUUUAUCAACUUUUCAUCUUUACUAUUUCAACCAACCAUUCUGAGGGAUACGGCUUAUUUUCAUUUAGAGCUAUUUGAACUUAACCCCAGAUAUCCUACUUCAACUACAACUUCCUGUCCAUCAAAUUCUGUGCUCACUGGCUCUAAACUGAUCUUGACCUCAUAGAGUCCUGCAGCCUGUAUUUCCCACACUUUUGUUCUCAGUCCUUCCUAACCUGUUUUCCACCCAGUAUUGAUCUCCUGGUUUGAUUUUCUAAAUGGCUCACUCAUAAAAUUAUUUGCAUUUAAGGAUGCUCACUCACUCCCUAAAUCUUGCUUUAAGUUUUAUACUUAGCUUUCUUCUCCAUACCUACUGGAUUACCAUUAGUCUAAUUUUAUCAGUAAAAUUAAGGUCAUCCUUCCAUCUAAAAUUCUCACAUCCAUUCCCAUCUUCACUCAUACCCUCAUCUCAGAGAUUGAGUUGUUACCUAUUAGCUCAAGACCAACCAUUAGCUCCCAGAGCCCUGCGCUCUCCAGCCUUUCCCAGGUUUUGGUUAAGUUGGUUCAUUUCUUCCCUUUAUUCUCAACACCACUUCCACUGAUUCCAGCUGCUGGCCGCAAAAGUACACUGAAGUCUCAUCUUAAAAACUUCAUUUUGUUUAAUUGCAUAUCCACAAGAUAACCUGUUAUCUGUAGAGAAUGAGGUUUGCUUUCCCAAUUUUUUUGCCGCCUUUCCACCGAACAUAGUCUAAUCUGGCUUUCAUCCCUUUAUUAGUGUCGUCUUAGAUGCCAAAAGAUGAAUGGCCUUUGUUCUUUUGGCCAAAAGAUGGACUUCGUUCUUUUUCUUAGUUGAAUGUAUGGAUACUAACACUGUUCACUUCCUUCAUGAGACUACCUGCUGCCUUGGCUUCUAAGACUCUGCUGUCUCCCGGGGUUUCCUUAUGAGGCCCCUGCAUCUCAAGAUUCCCUCAAAUAUUGUUCACUAGGGCUUUCGGUCCACAUGUCUUAUAUACACAGGUUUCCCCUGCUACCAAAAGUUGAGCCUUCUAUCAAAGCUUUCAUAAGACGAAAUGGCAUAAAGUGAAGAUGCAACUAUCGUUGACUUACAUGGAAACAUUUCUGAGUGUUCCCAAAGCCAAAAAAUAACCUGCCACCUUUUCUGACACCUUUGAACGCGUCUUUCCAACAGAAUGAAUGAAUGAAUGAAUGAAAAAAUGAAUGGAGACAAAGCGCAUCUGCCCACAGACACAGUUCAAAGCUAUGGCAGGUUGUUGCUGAGCUGCUGAGUGGUUCCAGGGAAGGAGUUGGUGGCGCCACUCUCGGAGCAUGCACUGCCUCUAUUAACUGCUGCAAAACAACCGCUGAAUGCUGUUUUUGCUUUCUUUCAUAAAAGCAGAAACCCUCUUGGGGUUUCUUUUUGUUAGUGAACACACGUACUCAUGUAGGCCUCUCAUAAAAGCACAGCGGCGUAACAUUAACUUUUGAAAAGUGGGGAUACCCGUAACAAAUACUUCCUAGGUCACUGCAUCCAUUCUCAUUGUUUACAUGUUGGUUUUAAAAUCCGUAUACUGAGCCCAGUUCAUGCCCCUGUAUUUCAGACUAUUACAUCAAACCACUGGCUAGACCCCCUGCCAAGGUAUGUGAAACACAGCAUAUCUAAGGCUGACCUCAGCAUCUUCCCCGAGUUUUUCCUGUCUUUACGUCUUUGGGGAAGGCCCUCCGUUUACCCAACCACUCAAAAUCUUAGCACAAGUUUGGAGGCAGAAUAAUGUCAAGCCCAAGGAUUCUGCUGCCAAACAUUGCCUGGGUUUGAAUGUCGGCUGAAUAUUAGCUGCUCGACUUGGGUAAAUUUCUUAGCCUCAGUUUCCUCAUUUAUAGCAUGGGGAUAAAAAUAGUAGCUACCUCAUUGGGUUAUCAUGAGGAUGAGUAGAAAUACUUGUAAAGCCCAUAAGACCGCUUGGUACAAAGUAAGUGCUAUGUAAUUGUUAGCUCUUAUUAGCAUCCUGCCCAUUUCAUUUCCUGAACACUUCUCAGGUCCAUCCCAACUCCUCUUGGCUCAAGACCUCACUUUCUCCUUAGCUCGAUUGGACUACUGCAAAUGCCUCCUAAUAGGUAUUUUUUGUGUUCAUGCAUUCAGCAAGCUAAUUUAUUAAGUGGUUUGCUAGGUCCUGCUGGCCUGCAAAGGCGGGUGAGAGACAGUACCUGAUACGAAGAAGUGGGCUCAUUGCCACGACAGAACAGACCUACAGAAGCACCACAAAAUUCUACUAUAUAAGGAGGGAUAGGGGACUGAGAGGAUGACAAUGGAGAAUAUGAUCCACUCUACCUGGGCGAGGCAGAAAAGGUUCGUAGGAAAGAUGAAAUGCUUCAAGGUAAGAGGUCUCCCUUAGAAGAGUGGUUUCAAGUGAGUAUGCGUCACAAUCACCUGGAGGGCUUGUUAAGACAGAUCGCUGGGCCCUACCUUCAGAGGUUCAGGUCCAGUAGGCUGGUGUGGGGCCCAAUAAUUUGCGUUUCUCAUAAGUUGCCUGGCCCGGAUUCUGCCUCUCCAGACCACACUUUGGGAACUACCAUAUUAAAAUACCCGGAGAGCAUGCAUUCCCAACUCCUUUCUCUACACAAUUGCCAAAACAGCGGUCUUGACCAUUUCAUAUCCUUGCAGUACAUCCCUCAGUGGUUCCCUUCUGCCCAUAGGGCAAGUACAAUCUCCCGAUGUGGUUACUUACUGUCUGUCCUGCUAGCCUUAGCAUCUGUCACACCAAGGACUGACCUUUAUCCUCUGGCAAGAAAGAACUGUUUUCCUGAGCCACCACACUGUUCUUUACCUUCGUAUCUUUGCUCAAGUUUAAAAGAUGCCUUUGACUAGAAUAUAUUGUUUUCUCUUCCCUUUCAUAUGACUGGAUACUGUCUUGUAGGCUGAGACAAGGAGUCCGGGGAGUUUUCCUUGCUGCUAAGUGACAAAGAGGGCAUAAUCUAGGGGCUGACUCCCAUGUUUGGAGCCUGUCCCAUUUCCAUACAUGUAGUAUAGUCCAAUUUUUUUUUUUUUAAAGCACCUCUGUUACCGUUGUGCUGACACUGCUAUUCCUCAUGCCAUUGCCUAUGAUUGCUGAGUAGGGGAGGACAAAGGGAAGAGUUGACUGAAUCAACUGUUCGCAGACAGUCCUUUAUGUAUAACCUAAUACUACCAGCAACCCGGGCCUCCUCUGUACCUAAUGUCUCAGUUUGGAGUCCUCUCUGGGACUUGGCUGGCCUAAAAGAUUCCUGUUUUGUCUGGUUUGUGACUUCCUUUAUUCCAUUGCCCACCCUGCUUUCUGUCUUCUAGAAAUUUGCCAGAAUUGCUGAAAUACUUGGACGUUCCCUUUUGCUCUCUAUAUUGUUUGGAUUUAUAUUUUACAAAUGUUUGCUAUCAUUUCAGUAGAAUUUUGAAACUGAAUAAAUAGUACGUGACA